AUGACGACGAUAGCACAGGUCAAGGUCGUCUUUACGACCAAGCAUACAGACGUCCAACUACCGGAAGAAAAGCGCCAGCUGGUUGUCCCAUCAGACAUCAAGCGCUAUGGCCUCUCCCAGAUCCUCAACCAUGAGGACAUGCUCGACACCUCCAGCCCUAUCCCCUUCGACUUCCUGAUAAACGGCUCCUUCCUCAAAGGCACCAUUGCCGAGCACCUAGAGCGCAAUGGCAUAUCCCUCGAAGGCACCGUAACCCUCGACUACGACUGGGUCUCUGACGUCGACGUGCUCUCCGCCUCCGCCCCCGCGGCUGCCGCCCUCCUGGCCAAGGACGGCGGCGAGUUCGACGUCGCCGGCGAGAGGCUGCUGAUUCCUUUCCCCACCAAGAUCGUCUCCGCCGGCAUCGAGGGCACCGUCCUGGUCUGGGAGUACUCCGAGGCCGCGGGCAAGGGGUCUCUCAAGCCCGUGCUCGAGCUGUGCGCCCACGCCGACCAGAUCCGCGACAUUUCGGUCCACCACGCCAGUGGCAAGUUCCUCACCGCCGCCUCGGACGGGCGCGUCGGCCUCUGGACGGCGUCGCGCAAGCUCGCCCCCGCCCACGAGCCCGAGGAGCCCGCGCGCCCCGCCCCCGCCAAGCGCGUCAAGAGCUCCGUCCGGCUCCAGCAGCGUGGGCCCCUCGCCCUCGCCAACGUCUCGGACAAGCCUGUCACGGCGGCGAUAUUCCACCCCCUCGACCCUUCCAUUGCCUACGCCUCAUCCAUGGACGGCUCCUCCGCCUCCACCACCUCGGUCAUGACCCUGCGCGGCCACAUUGGCUGGGUCGAGAGCGUCAGUGCGGCCCCCGGCAACGAAUACAGCCUCGCUUCCGGCUCGUGGGACAGCACUUGCAAAAUCUGGGAUCUCCGGAGCGUCCGCGCCGGGACCAAGGAGGAGGGUGGUGGUCGCGUAUGCGACGAAGCCGUCUACACUAUCCCCGCGAGGCCGCCAAGGACGCCAAGAUCAGGCCCGACGGCAACGGGGGCAAGGUGCUAA